ACAAAAAGAGAGAAAGGAAGCAGGUUGUAUAUUCUAGUACGGAUUUGGACGCGUUGGUAGGGACUGUUGUAAUUAACAGAGUGCCGUCUCUUCCUAACAAAACGAGUAACGCUAAAUUCCAGGAAAGUCAUUGUUAUUUAUAAAUAUAGUGCUAAUAUACCCAGAAAGGAAAGCCAUGGUUAUGAAGAUUUUCUGCAGGGACGGACACUGCAUCAUUAGGUCUUAGAUCUCCCUCUCUUGUAUAAAGGCUCAACAAAGCCACAGCAUGUUAAGCAUGUUAACUUCGGAGCUGUUGGCCCUUUUUGGUUCCUCAGUUGCAAAAAAGUUCAAGUAUUUAUUUACUAUUCAUAUUUUAAUUAUUGGGAAAUGCCCAACAUUGAAAAAAUCAAGGCUAUUAUGUCUCAAAGGAAACUAUUUUCUUGAAUUUUGGAUACUCUCUUUUUACAGCAAAGCAAAACCUGCAUUUGGUUAAACAACUUUGAGCAAGAGCUUAGCCUUCAUCGUAUCUGCUUCUCCGUUUGGUUCGUGUUUAAGGUUCCUUUUCCUGCUCAACUGUGUAAGACAUGUCGGCAUCAACAAGCAACAAUCAAGGUUGUAAUAAGUAUGGGGGCAAUACUCUUUAUGCCAGCUUAAUCAACAUUAACACCACAAAAUCUUCUCGGAAGAAUUGGCAUCGAAUCUUUUGGGUUUCUGUUCAAAUUCGCAUUUUCAUUUCUCUCAGAAAAACCCAUCAAGAGUUGCCUUGUGAUCCUGAAGUGCAGGAGGAGCUCCUUGGAGAUGGACUUGAUCUCAAGUUGCCUUCAUCACCAUCAAAUUCUGUGCCUGCCAGCUAGCUCUAAAGAAGACAUUAGAAUUGACAUUCCUGAAGCAGAAGAGGGGCAACAUGAAGGAGUUGAUGAUGAAGUUUGUACUUCGGAAGAAAUUGCUCGGAUUGUGAGAGAGAGAGACUUGAUCUCCCUGCAAAAAUUUCUUGUUGGUGAACCAGUUGAAUUGCGCCUUAAAUUUUAUUUGGAAGAAUAUACUAGACGCAGCUCUGAAGAGGAACAAGCUGCCUGGACCAUUACCAAGCACAUUGUUCAUGCAAAGGACUUCCUUCUAUGCUUCUUGAAAGCUUGCAAAAAUCUUACUAUUUUUCUUCUCCUGGUCUCCGCUGCCUUGUCCUUUACCGUUGAGAUGAUGGAGCAAGAAGCCAAAUAUGGGUGGCAUGAUGGGGUUGCAAUACUUGUUGCUGUGCUUAUGCUAGUCACUUUCCGUUCAGUGGCUAAUUAUCGCCGAAAAAGAAAGCGGCAGAGGAAGUUGCAGAAGUGGAGCAAAUCGGAAGUACAAGUUGAAAGACGUGGACAACGCCAAACCAUCACAAAAUCUAGUCUUAUGGUUGGUGACAUCUUACAUUUGAAGAAGGGGGAUCUAAUUCCUGCUGAUGGUUUUUAUGUUAAUGGAAAUGGUUUGGAGUUGGAUGACAAAUUGCAUCCUAAAAUCAAUCGUCAGGAUCCAUUUCUCUUCUCUGGCUCAGAAGUCAUUGAUGGCGAAGGUAGCAUGUGUGUAACGUCGGUGGGUGCUAAAACAUUGUUGGGUAGAGCACUGAGCUUGGUUACGCCUGAUCCCGAUGAGAAGACAUUGACAGAAGCUCAGAUUGAUAAGACCAAUGCUUAUAUGGAAAAUGUUGCACUUUCUACCUCUGUACUAAUUUCUGUAUUAGUGCUAAUCAACUUGCUAUUCAGGAAGCAGGACAAAAAGAGUAACAUACUUCCUGAGCUAAAGGGGGAUGUUUCAGCUCACAAGCUGAUAAAAAUCCUUGAAAUGAUUUUCUUGAAGCCUAGAGGUAAAGUUCAAAUAUUGACAAGUGCUCUUACUGCUACAGUAGCUUCAUUACAACAUGGAAUGUCAGUUGUGAUUGCAGCUUCCUUUUUACACUGGAAGAAGAAGUUGUCAAAAGAGGAGGCUAAUUUGCAGAAUUUAUCAUCUUGUGGCACAGUAGGCAUUGUUUCAGUUAUUUGCUUUGAUUUGACAAUUGAGCAAAUGGAUGGUAACAUAGAUGUUGAGCAAAUGCAUGGCAACAUAGAUGUUGCGCAAUUUGCAAGUCAGGAAGAGUUCAAAUCAGCGGUGGAAGCUCUUAAAGAAGCAGGAGUAAGCUGCAAGUUGGUGUCAAAGGAUGAGCUCCCAGCACUGAAAAAGAUGGCAUCUGAACUGGGAAUCUUUGAUCCAGCUUCAAAUAGUGAGGCAAUUGAAGGGAAAGAUGUUAAAAAAGAUACUACAGCAAAAAUGGACAAGGUUGCCGUGAUAGGAAGUUGCCAACCUGAGGACAAAAUUCAUAUUUUACAAUGUUUGAAACAGGGAGGCCAUGUAGUGGCGUUCAUUGGGGGGAUGACAACAGGUGAUACUCCAGCUCUGAAGGAAGCUGAUGUAGGAAUCACAGGGAGUGCUUGUAGCACUAACAUGGCCAGAGAGAACUCUGACAUUGUUAUUUCAUCUAUAAGUUCAUUAAGUCCCAUCUUGAAGAUCGGUCGAUGUGCUUAUGGGAAUGUUCAGACUUUCAUCCAAAUCCAGCUGACUGCUAGCCUUUCUGGCUUGUUGGUAACCCUUGUCACAACAAUAGUUCUAGAUGAAUCCCCAAUAACAGGAAUUCAUAUGAUAUGGGUGAAUUGCAUUAUUUGUAUCCUAGGUGGCCUAAUGAUGGUGAUGGAGUUACAACAAGGCCAGGAACUAAUGAACAAUCCUCCAGCGAGGACUGAGUCACUACUAACCAAAACCAUGUGGAGAAACAUAGUGAUCCGAGUUCUAUCAGAUGCCUCUUAUUUGCUGCUCUUGCAGUUUAUAGGACAAGCUAUAAUCCAUAUGAGCAACGAUGUUCUAAAGACCAUGAUUUUCACUGUUUUCACACUAAGCCAAGUCUUCAAUCAAUUCAUUGCCAAGGGCUUCGCAAUGGGGAGCAAUGCAUUAGUAGUUAUGCCCAGUAGUCAUUGGUUUUUGAUGGCAGUGGGAGCUGUUAUGGCUAUGCUGGUGCUCCUGGUUGAGUUGUUGAAAAGUUUAGCAGACUACGAGAGGCUAAAUGUGUUGCAAUGGGGUUUCUGCUUUAUUUACUCUGCUUAUCUGUGUGGGUCCGGUCUUGCUGUUAAAUACAUUGCAGAUUCUGCUUCAGGCGAAUCAUUGAGGUCAAAUAAUAGCUCUCAGUAUCGGUUCCCGAGGGGAAGAACUUGGCCACGUGUUUCGCUGUUGUGGAUUCCAUUUUCACUGUUUCUUGUUGCCUCUUUUUCCUACUAUGUCAAACCUGACAUUGCCCGGACUUUCCGCUAGAAUCUAGCAACUUGAAAUGCAUCUCCUGUU